AUUCAUCUCAAUUUUCUCUGAAAAUGCAAUACAAGGUUAAUUUAACUAUGGAAUCUUCAAGUGGAUCUACUGUUCCUAGAUUCAAGAAAAGAAAAGAAGUUAUAGAUAAGCGGGAAAGAGCUAUAUUCAAUACACUUGCUAAAAUUGAUCGUUCAAAAGAAGUCGACCUUUGUUACGUUUUAGAUUGUACAGGUUUUGUAUCUUUUAAAUAA